AAACAGCAAAUUAUUUCUUCCUUCUUUACGGUGGUUUCCUAGCAUCAGCAGUCAUAGCAGACUAUUGGUUUCUCCAAAAGCUUCAAACUUUAUCAUUGUUGUGGAAUUUCGAAAACUGGGGUUUUUAAUCUUCCCCAAACGCAGCAUCCGCCAUCUUUCCCAAACUCAGCACAGCAGUUCUUCCGCCUUCUUCCCUAAACGUGAUUUCCGCCAUUAAUCUUUCUUCUUCAGGGUUGAUGAAAUUUGUUUAUGAAUCUAGAAAGGGUACUUGAUAUACUUUCAGUUCACAAUGCUUUUAUCAAAGCUUCGGAGCAGACCUUUGAAAGGGAGUAUCUUUUCGUCUUUUAAUUCAUCUAUGAUGGCGAAGGUUGCAGAUCAAGUUAGUAGUCAGAAAGGGGCACAUAAUGAAGGUGUUUUGGUUGGAAGCUUGGUGUCUGUAGAUAGUGUAACUGGGAAAGAUGCAGCAGCUAGUGCAGCAUAUUGCAAUGGAUGGAGGGCGUCAAGGAUUUCAUCGUCUAACAAUUGUAAUGUAGCAAGAAUGGACAUUUUAAGGAGAUAUGAAGCUACCGAUAUGUCGAGUUUAUUCAAUUUCCUAUACGAGAAACAAAAGAUAGCGGUAAAUCGUAAGGACACCCAUGUCCUACAAAGUCGUCGCUACAAUUCUCAAUGGAAUGGUAAACUCCACCAUUGCAAUAAUGAGCUGUUGAAAAGGAUACCAAAAUAUGUGAAGAUAGUAGAAGUUGGUCCCAGAGAUGGCCUGCAAAAUGAAAAAAUGGUAGUACCUACUGAAGUGAAAAUUCAGUUGAUUAAGAUGCUAGCGUCUUCUGGUCUGCCUGUUGUCGAGGCCACUAGUUUCGUUUCACCCAAAUGGGUCCCUCAACUUGCAGACGCUAAUCUUGUAAUGCAAGCUGUCCGAAAUGUACAAGGUAGUAGAUUUCCUGUAUUAACCCCUAAUCUUAAGGGUCUAGAAGCAGCUGUCGAAGCAGGUGCCAAGGAAGUAGCUAUAUUUGCUUCGGCUUCAGAGUCCUUCUCAAAGUCAAAUAUUAAUUGCACUGUUGAAGAGAGUUUAAUCCGCUACCGUGAUGUAGCUAGUGCUGCAAACAAGCUCUCUUUACCAGUCCGUGGAUAUAUAUCAUGUGUUGUGGGGUGCCCAGUUGAAGGGGCUGUUUCACCUUCUCAAGUAGCAUAUGUGGCUAAAGAGCUAUCUAAUAUGGGCUGUUAUGAGAUUUCUCUUGGCGAUACUAUAGGAGUUGGGACUCCAGGAACUGUUAUUCCAAUGCUUGAAGCUGUUAUAGAUGCUGUCCCUGUAGAGCAGCUUGCGGUUCAUUUUCAUGACACCUACGGACAAGCUCUCUCAAAUAUUUUCCUUUCUCUCCAAAUGGGUAUUAGUACGGUAGACUCAUCCAUUUCGGGUCUUGGUGGGUGUCCUUAUGCGAAGGGUGCAUCAGGUAAUGUAGCGACUGAAGAUGUUGUUUAUUUGCUAAACGGACUUGGAGUAGAGACCAAUGUGGACUUGGAAAAGCUCUUAUUGGCCGGAGAUUUCAUCUGCAAACACCUCAACCGUGCAUCGGGUUCAAAGGCCGCUACUGCCUUGCGUAAGACACUAGCUUGUGCUUCUAAACUGUAAGAUACACACAAUCAUUCAUGUUUGUGAACUCUGUUAACCUGUUCUCUGCUUCAUGUUGGAAAAUUCACAACUGCUUAUAUGUAAUGAAUGUCUCAUUGUUAAGAAUUAAGAUAUCUCACAUACUAUGAACACCCUAUAAAAA